GUUUGUUACUUGUCAAUGCGUUUCGCGUGUUGCUUUUUCACAAUACAACUUGAUGUACACUGUGCAGGUUGGCCUCCUGCUAUCUAUGGGAAUCAAUAUUUGUACAAUAAGUUGUCUUGUCAUUGCAUCAUAGUUAGCAACUAGUCCAUUCCUGUCAACGAGACGGUGGAAGUAGAUAAGCGUGCGGAGAGCGAAGCCGUAACCAACUUCGUUGCCGCACAGGACGGUUGCCCUGUGAAGUCGGCCAAAGGCUGGCUGCAUUUUACCGCAAAUAAGAACACAGCGGAAGCAGGUUUCAGCAAGUUUCUUUAGAUAGCCCUGCAGGCUACAGUGGACUUAAGUCAGACGUGGCAAGGCUGAUAAAUCUGUGUAGUGUUCAACGAGGUGUAAGAGAACGCUCUGAAAGUUUUCUCAACAGAACCAAUAAUCAGAAUAUCAUCAUGCCCAAUUCCGGUUACCAAGGCCUAAUCAACCAACAUUUUUACGGAGAAAACAAAACAGAUAUCUUCCCUCUCGGGGGAAAAUACGGACAGCAGAACUUGCCGUGUCCGGCUUUCUGGCACGCGUACAUCAGAGGGAAUCAACCUGCAGUUCACCGUGGUACCGAUACACGCAACAAGUAUUCUCGUCAUCUCAACUUGAGUGACCCACUAGCAGGUGUUGGGCUUCCAUCUUCACCAGCAAGCAGCAUGAAGAGCGCACCGAGUUCAGAGAUACCAUAUGAAGCUCCAAUAGCGCCGUCCAAUUGUCUCUUCGUUCAAGGAGGAAUCAAAUCCAAUUCGGUGGCCCCCUUUGCAACCCUAGCCAAGCCUACAUGUGGCUGGUUUUUCUCUCGAAGUACUGACCACAAGAAACGACGAACGGGUAUACCACCAGCAGACCUUGUAAAGUGGAGAUACUACGUCAAGUAAACAAAGAAUAUGUCCAAAAAUGUCACUUGUUUAGUUCGUUUUAUCUACACUGUUCAACCGUUCUUUGACAUUGUGAAUAAGAAGUAAAGAGCAACAUUUUACAGCAUUUUACGUUAUAUAGAUGUUUCCGUGCUUCUUUGAUUCUGGGCAUGAAUAACCAUCACAUAAGACAUGAUGUGACGUUUCUGCGAUUCCACAUUUUGAUGCACAAGACACAUUUGCAGCAACAACACAAAACGAUUGUUACUUUUCUUCAUGGUGUAAACACAAUCUAUUGUAAAUCUAGUCAAUGAUUUUCGGAAAACAAACAGCAAUACAUACACAAUUUAAGUGUCUGACAGACAGAAUAUCCCCCACUGUGACUUUAUCACAACUUCUUCCAGUGAAAUAAAAGCCAAUUGCUACUGAUAAAUCACCAAGUCUAUCCGUGCUGAAGUUGAACUUUGAUAUCAAAUUGUUUAUACAUCUUUGGUUGCUUUUCAUAUCUUGUGGUACUCAGUACUGAAUAAUUACUUACUGAUAAAUCAGUGUCUGAAUAAUGAAAACUUCAACUAAGAAAUGUAACGUGUAACAUCUCUUUAUCAAGACGAUUUCAUCUGCACAAUUAUCAAUUUUGAUCAAUUGACAUUUUUACACAAUUUGCUGAGUUCUAAAUAAAUAAUCGGAUACUGCAUGUGGUGGCAAAUGAU